GGAUCGGGAUCAGAGAAUCGUAGAAUUGGUUUGAUCGAGGGCAAGAUUCAGCCACUCUUGACGUCUGUUGCACUGUAUCUGCUCGUCCCCACGGCCCGUCCGCCCGAACACUUGAUUAUUGCUGAUGCCCACAUCAUACCGCCCGUACAGCUAUACAGCCGUACAGCCGUACAGCCGUAUAACCAGUUCAGACAUUCGAGUUGGAAGUCUGCAGACGUCGAGUCAGUCGACCGUGACCGAGUUAAUACUCACGACCCCAUAUCGGCCAGAGUGAAAGCCUCCUCGCCGCGACAGCCUUGUUGUCUGUCCUCCUCCGACAGACGUCCCACACACACAGACACACUCGGACAGAUUCUGUUCAGGCAGACGGCGGAGAUCAUCGCCAUAAAAGUGAUUUUUCUCGCCAACGAAUACAAGUGA